AUGGCGCCAACUAUGCAGCAUCUAAUAUCUAUGAGCCAAAGUGCCUUCCUCAAAGGAAGAUCGAUCCAAGACAAUUUUCUGUAUGUUCAAAAUCUCGUCCAGAGUUUACAUAGAGCCAAGAAAGGGGCAAUCUUCCUGAAGCUGGAUAUUGCGAAGGCAUUUGAUUCCGUCAGAUGGGACUAUCUGCUUGAGGUGCUCUGCCACAUGGGCUUCGGACAGAGAUGCCGUGAUUUGAUUGCAAUCGUGCUAUGCUCAACCUCCUCCAGAGUUAUCCUCAAUGGUGAUCCGGGGCUGCCUUUCUACCAUCGAUGUGGCUUGCGACAAGGCGACCCACUCUCGCCUUUUUUGUUCCUGCUUGCUAUAGAGCCACUACAGCGUAUCUUCGCGUCUGCAACCGAAGCCGGGAUCCUGAAGCCUAUUGCACACAAUUUGGCCUCCAUCAGAGUCAGCCUUUAUGCGGAUGAUGCUGCCCUAUUUCUGAACCCGUGCAGGUCUGAGAUGAUGGCCUCACAAGCAAUCCUGGAAGCCUUUGGGAGAAUCUCUGGACUCUACACCAACUUCAACAAGUCCUCGGCUUUCCCUAUCUGUUGUGAUGAGCUGGCAAUUAAUGAAGUGCUCUCCGAGUUUGCCGGAACAACUGACUCUUUCCCUUGCAAAUAUCUCGGGCUACCACUUAGCCUCCGCAACCUUAGGCGCGCCGACCUCCAAACUCUGAUUGACAAGAUAGCUGCGAAGCUCGCGGGAUGGAAAGGCAAGCUCCUGAACAAAGCGGGAAGGCUAACAUUGAUCAACUCGGUCCUUACCUCUAUCACCACCUACCUAUUGACCAUGUUCGCUCCUAGCAAGUGGCUGAUCAAGAGGAUCGACAAGCUUAGGAGAAGUUUUCUUUGGAAGGGCAGUGAGGAGGAGGCCAAAGGUGGGAGUUGUGCAGUCAACUGGCAGCUGGUUUGCUCACCAAAAAAGUACGGUGGACUGGGCAUCAAAAACCUCUCCUCUUUUAGCAGAGCUCUACGGCUGCGGUGGGCCUGGUUCGCGUGGCAAUGCCAACCUAGGCCCUGGUUUGGAAUGAAACUCCCCUGCUCUGAAGCGGAUAUGCAACUCUUCCAUGCCUCCACCAACAUUCACCUUGGAAAUGGGCAAACUGCGAGUUUCUGGAAGUCAAAGUGGUUGGAUGGGGCCGCACCACGUGACCUUGCACCCUCCCUCUUCAAGCUGGCGCGCAGGAAAAACUACACGGUGGCUCAAGCCAUGCAUGAAAGGAAGUGGAUGAAGGGGCUUGAAAGAAUCAGCUCCCAUAAUGAUCUGCACUCCUUUCUGCUUCUGUGGGAGAAGAUUCAGAGUGUCAACUUAUCUGAAGCAAGAGAUACCAUUGAUUGGAUCUGGACGAAGGACAAGAAAUACACCGCCAAGUCUGCAUAUUCCUGUCAGUUCAUUGGUUCGAUUGCCAAGCCUAAUGCUGAACUGAUUUGGAGGCUCAAGAUUGAAAGAAAGGUGAGGUUUUUUCUCUGGACUUUGGCUCAAAACAGACUCCCAACCACUGACAGGCUGCGAGCCCAUGGGAGCGAUCUUAACGCGACGUGCUCUCUCUGCCUCCAACUCCCUGAAACUGCACUCCACCUCUUCAACACAUGCCUUUUUGCCAAGGAUGUCUGGAACAAGCUAUGCUUGGCACGGCCCUUGUGCUACCCUUCCCUGCCUGCUAGCAUUCAGUCCAUCUCUCAUUGGUGGAGUGUUUGCUCCCAGCGCAACAAAGAGCAGGCCGUUGCUGCUGCUUAUUUUGCUUGGCACAUGUGGAAUGAGAGGAACAGGAGGGUCUUCAACGCCAAGCAGUGUUCUCUGGACGACUGCUCCCUCUUAUGUACAUUCCUAAUCUUAAAUGAAAAGGCAGAGCACCUGCCGUUCGAGUCAAAAAAAACCACCCCAGCAAUAAUAGAGAUUGAGUUAUUUGGAAGGAAUGCUGAGAAAAAGGACAUUCUAGAUGGCAUUAACAAUGGAAAAUAUUGUACCGAUGGGCUCACCGUGCUUCCAGUUGUUGGCCCAGGGGGUAUUGGGAAGACGACUUUCAUACAACAUGUUUAUCGAGAAGUGAAGAGCUCUUUUGAUGUUAUGAUUUGGGUAUGUGUGUCUCUGAGUUUCAAUGCAAAUAGGCUGACACAAGAGAUUGUGCAAAACAUCCCUAAGGUUAAUGGUGAAACGGAAAAUACUGUUGCAGAAGAGCUUAUUGAGCAGAGGUUAAGACAUAAGAGAUUUUUGCUCGUCUUGGAUGAUAUGUGGACAUAUCAUGAGUAUGAGUGGAAAAAACUGUUAGCUCCCUUUGAAAAAGGACAUGAAAGAGGUAAUAUGGUUAUUGUCACUACCAGAAUUCCAGAGACAGCAACAAUGGUAAAAACAAUUGAUUAUCCGGUAGAUCUGACUCGCUUAGGAGCUGAUGAUUUUAUGCAUUUAUUUGAAAAAUAUGUAUUUGGCGACCAGGAGGCAUGGAAAGAUCAUCCUAAAUUGCUUGAUGUUGGUAAAGAAAUAGUGGUCAAUUUGAAGGGUUUCCCUCUUGCAGCAAAAACUGUAGGUAGAUUACUGAGAAACCAACUUACAUUGGACCAUUGGACAAGAGUUUUAGAAAGCAAAGAAUGGGAGUUACAAACUAGCGACUAUGACAUUAUGCCAGCUCUGAAGCUAAGCUAUGAUUACCUCCCUUUCUAUCUUCAGCAGUGUUUUUCCUAUUGUGGUUUGUUCCCCGAAGAUUAUGAGUUUGGUAGCAAAGAGUUGGUUCACUUAUGGAUAGGGCUUGACUUUUUAGAUUCAUGUGAUGGAAGGAAAACAAUUGAAGAUGUUGGGUUGCGAUAUUUAAAUGACUUGGUUAAUAGCGGUUUUCUCAAGAAGACCGAAAAAGAUGAUGGCAGCCAUUGUUAUGUUGUUCAUGACCUACUGCAUAACUUGGCAGUGAAGGUUUCAUCAUCAGAGUGCCUUAGCAUAUCAAGUUCUAAUGUGAGAUAUGUACACUCUUCCCUAUCUGUACGUCACUUGUCUAUCAUUGUAAAUGAGAGCGAUGUCAACGACAGAUUGACCUUUGAUGAUUUUAAGAGCGACUUGAGUGCAUUACAUACAAAGUUGAAGGUUGAAAAGCUACAAACUGUGAUGCUAUUUGGAAAAUACCAUGGAAGCUUUGCAAAGGCUUUUGGUGAUUUGUUUGCAGAAGCAAAAGCCCUUCGUGUUAUUCUUUUGUCUGAAGCAUCUUAUAGUUAUAAGUUGGAGGAUGUGUUCCACAACAUUUGGAGAUUUUUCCAUCUUCGCUACCUAAGGAUAAUUGCAGGAGAUUUGACAAAAUUAAGUUUGAACAGCAAUAUCUCAAGAUUUUAUCACCUGAGGGUCCUUAAUUUUCAACAAUGCAAUGUCAACCUUGGUCCUCUCAGAGCAAUAAGCAACCUUGUAAAAUUGCGGCAUUUUCUUGUCAAGGACAUCGGUUUUGAAUUAAAGCAGAUAGCACAGUUAGCAGAGCUUGGUGGGUUGCUGAGAAUCCAUAAUAUUGAGAAUGUUGAACGAAAGGAAGAAGCGAACAAAGCAAACUUGAUACACAAAAACCACUUAGAGAAGCUAAUAUUGCGAUGGGGUGUUUAUGGGGACAACGCAAAUUCUGUGCAAGAACAGGUUCUCGAAAUUCUAAAACCACAUAGCAAUCUCCUAGAUCUGCACAUUGAAGGGCAUAGAGGUGCUGCUUGCCCGUCAUGGCUAGGUGGGAACCUCUCGGUUAAAAAUUUGGAAUCUCUUUGUUUGCAUGAUAUAGGUUGGAAAACUCUUCCACCUCUAGGAGAGUUGUGGUCUGUUGGUGAGCUUGGUGAAGAGCGUCAAAGUAGUAUCCCAAGUCAAAGUUUUCAAAAUCUGAAAAGGCUAGAAUUAGUUAAAAUACCAUGGUUGAGAAGAUGGGUUGAAAAUAGCACUUGUCGUUUGUUCUCUCAGCUAGAAGUGCUCAUUGUUAAAGGUUGCUCUGAACUUGUGGAGCUGCCAUUUUCACGCUGUCAAUCAGAGCAAGAAGCUGCAAACAUGACUUGGUUUCCUAGAUUACAGAAGCUCGAGAUUAUGGACUGCCCGAAACUGCUGUCAUUGCCUCCUAUCCCUUGGACUCUUGGUCCAUGCUCUGCCGAGAUAAUGGGGGUUGGAUCUGGUUUUGAGGAGCUGUGGUACUCAAAAGAACACUCGUCUAAACUAUUAAGCUUGAGUAUUACGGGGAAGGGUGGUCAAGAUGGCAUGUUCUGGAAUAUUUUAGCAUUCUCUAAUCUAGCUGAUCUAAACGAGCCGCGCUUGAAGAAUCGCCCUCCUUUGCCAAUGGAUCAUCUCCAGAAGUUAACAUCACUGAAGUCCCUCGAAAUAGAAAAUUCGAGUAAUGUCCUGUCGCCGACCGACAGUGAGAGUGAUGUCACAUACAAGAUACCAAUCGAAUGCCUCUCGAUCAGGUUUUGUGGUUCUGGUGAGAAGGAAUUGACACAGUUGCUCUCUCAUUUUCCAGAUCUCAGCGAUUUGGCAAUACUUGAUUGUGAAAAGAUAACAAGGGUUGGUGUGGUGGAGCAGCAGCAGCAGGCGACAAGAGGAGAGGAGGAAAUAGCGCUAGCAGCAGGAGAAGAAGCUGGACUUUUGCUCUCGUCUCCCCAUCUACAGAGCUUGAGAAUCUGGCGUUGCUUAGAGCUGAGCCUACUUGCCAGUUCGCUCCAAGGCCUCCGCUCACUCAACAUAAGUCGGUGCUCCAAGUUCCUUUCCUCAUGCAUAUGGCCUCUCCUUGCCCAUGGCUGCCUCACAGAUUUAGCCGUAUAUGGGACCCACAAAUUCUUUGCCGGUUUGGAGCCCCCACGGACGCAAAACAAAGAGCCCACAGCCUGCAAACUUCAGGAUGUAAACACAGAUGACAUCACAGGCUUCCUUGCUAUGCCCAUCUACAGCCUCCUCUCCUCCUCCAUCACCAGCUUAAGCUUUCAUCACAAUCAUGAGGUGGAGCGCUUCACUAAGGAGCAAGAGGAUGCCCUUCAGCUCCUCACCUCCCUGGAGUACCUCAGUUUUCUAAAGUGCGGCAAGCUGCAGUGCCUCCCGGCAGGGCUACAUAGACUUUCUAGCCUCCAGACAUUGUGUAUUCAGCAUUGUGAGGCCAUCAAAUCGCUGCCCAAGGACGGCCUCCCAACUUCUCUGCAAUUUCUACAUAUCAUAGGCUGUCCUUCCUUGAAAUCGCUAACCAAGGAUGGCCUCCCUUCUUCUCUGGAAAAAUUAAGCAUCAUUGAUUGUCCUGCACUGAAAUCACUGCCCAGUCACGGCCUCCCAGACUCACUGCGAGUGUUACAUGUCGAAGAUGAUGGAAACAGCGAGGAGCUAAUGAGGCAGUGCCGCAAGUUGAAAGGAAUCAUUCCAAUAAUCAUAGACUGACUAACUAAUCCUUCCUAAGGUGCAGGGCUAGCUCUUCUUGGUUGUGUACGUACACUUCAUUCGGAGUUUGUGGUGCCACUGCUGCAUGCAUGUGACUGUCGAUCGACUUGCUUCAGUCGUUUGCCAUGUCAUGCUCUUUGCUGCAGAUCUCUUAUCAAUCUUUUAUCAUGGUAAAAAGCACCUUAAUAAUUAGUAAGGUCAUCUGUUCUGUUCGGCCUACUCCACGAGAAUGUCCAGUGGACGCAAUUUCAUCUAUUCAGAUCUUAGACUCCUUUGUUUUGAUAGAUAGUACUACAACGUUGGAUUUGGAUUUUGGAACUGCACAACACAGUAGCAGCAGGUCUGAAGAUCUGCCUCCUGUUUGUGCCCAAGUAGAGGUAUAUAAUAUGCUAGCUAGAAGCAUACUGUCGGUACAGCUAAUGCAAAUUGUUGUGUGUUACUUGAGUUUUGUUGAUGAAUCUCCUUACAAGACAAAGACCGAACUGGUAAGAAGGUGUUGUUGAUUCAGGCUGUUUUUUGGCACUGACUACGCAGGCAAGCAAGAAGGUGUGGUUUUCUACUGUUCCAAGUUGUACCGUACCGAUGCAACAAGUUGUAGAACACUCACUCGUGAGUGUACUUGGAUCUUAAUAUCUCCGAGUUUUGCGACAUUAUGAUACCUUAACAAUUAUCUCUUCAUCAUUUUAGUCUUCCAAGGUUGCAGCAGUGAGGGAAACCCAUAUAUUGAGCUUACACUGGUAACUCAUCAAUCCGAAAUUGCUGCGAUGAGCAUCUAAUCAGGCGGGCCAAUUCGGCCUUGUCACCUUCACUCACAUGGUAUCUGCAGUGGCAGGUAUACACAAUGCGACGUAUUGUGGAAUUGUUGUCCCCUUUGCCAGCACACGCCGAAGCUACUCGAUCGCAAAACGACCAAUUAAUGUUUCCUUGUCAACCAGAGAAUUAAGGCCUGCUUCUUCAAGUCUUGAGCGUGAACGUCGCUAGCUGUUGGAGCUGCCGGCAGGCGGGGGAGUCCGACGAAGACCGGCGUCAUGCUGGCAUUGCCGGAGUGGCAAUGAAGUUCCAUCAUCAGCGUCAGUUAGCAAAGAACCCAGGAGGGGAGGGUGUCAUUUGCUGCAGCAUGCAGUUUGAGAUGGGUUUCUUGUUACUUUUCAGUUGUUUAGCAAUGUUUC